AUGUCGUGCGCUGAUGCAUUCGAUGAUUACUGGAGUUAUGACGAUCCGAAUAAAUGGCAUGAAAGAUUUCCAGCUGCCGGAGGUCGCGUUCAGUCGCCUAUCAAUAUCAAAUUAGAUGAAACCGUCCGUCAACACUACCCACCAUUUAUAUUUUCCCCAAAUUAUGCGGAUAAGUUGUUAUUUACACUGAAGAACACGGGUCAUCAAGUUGCUGCUACAUUAGCUAAAAGAAACGAUAUUGAAAAUCAACCCGAUCUAUGGUUUACUGGUGGUGGUCUAAGUGGAAAGUUUCAUUUCGUUAAUUUUCAUUUACAUUGGGGUAGCAAUGACAGACAUGGAUCUGAACAUGAAAUUGAUGGGCGUGAAUUUCCAUCCGAAGCGCAUUUUGUUCAUAAGAAUUUUGAAAAUAAACAAGUGGCUGUAUUUGCAUUCUUUUUCGACAUAGCUGGUCCAUUACAUGAAGAAAAUAUUGAAUGGAAACAUUACGCAGACGGUGCAACACAUUUGAAAAAUAUUGGCGAUACAUUUAAUUAUAUGUUCGAUUUAAGUCAUCUAAUGCAAAUCGAAGGUCGACAAUUUUUUCGCUAUACUGGUAGUUUAACAACGCCUCCGUGUACUGAAGGCGUCAUAUGGACAAUAUUUCCAAAUAUAAUUCCAAUUGCAGAAACAAGUUUAAAUUUACUACGCGAUAAUGUAAUGCGAAAAGUUUAUCGACCGGUACAACCUAUAAACGAUCGAAUUAUUUAUAGAAAUUAUGAUGAUUGA